UUUUAAUCUAUAUAGUUGUAUUCGUAGUUGUCAACAGAUGGUGCUGUCUUCAGUCGAGUAAUUUUCGUUUGAAUGAAGAGGGCUACUAACUAACAACUGUGACUUGACUGCUUGCUUGAGGGGAAAAUUUUAGGGAAGGAAAAAGAAGUUAAAAUGGCCGCCGUUGAUCGAUAAAUCUGAUGGUGUGUUUUCAAAAUAAUUUCCAGAGGAUUUUGGCUCAUAAAAACUAUAAAAAAUGACUCAAAAUUUAGUGUGAAUUGUUCGCGGUUGUGUUUUUCGGUUUAGUUACUGAUCGAGUGACCUUAGAAAUCAAGCAGACUGUAAUUUUGUUGUUUUAUUAUGUAGCAAUAAAGAGUAUAAUGUAAACUACCCACAAGUCUUUCACUGGAGUCACUGGACGACCAAGAAGUAAUUAUUAAUCCGAAAAUGGCGCAAACCCAGGGCGAGAUCAGGGUGGGUCCAGGCAACCAGGUAAAAGACAUUUAUGCUCGAUUACCAGAAUACAGGCCUGGGGUGCCUCCAGAACAACUGUCACCUGAUCCAGAAGAUACGCAUAUUAGGGAAGAGUUAAGAUGGGUCCCAGCAUUGACUACGGAUAAUGAUCUAAUAAUGUACCUGCGUGCAGCUCGUAGCAUGGCUGCAUUUGCAGGAUUGUGUGACGGUGGAUGUCCAGAAGAUGGUGCUAAUGCUGCUUCUCGGGACGACACAACUAUAAAUGCUUUGGAUGUGCUUCAUGAUUCAGGUUACGAUCCUGGACGCGCCCUGCAAGCCCUGGUAAAGUACCCAGUUCCCAAAGGUAUUGACAAAAAAUGGAGUGAAGAGGAAACAAAGAGGUUUGUUAAAGGUUUGAGGCAGUUUGGGAAGAACUUUUUUCGGAUACGGAAAGAUUUAUUGCCUCACCGAGACACACCUGAACUAGUUGAAUUCUAUUAUUUAUGGAAAAAAACUCCCGGUGCUAAUAAUAAUAGACCACACAGGAGACGUAGGCAAGGAUCUUUAAGGCGUAUUCGGAAUACACGGAAUAGUCGCGGAGGUACGACAAACGCCGGCACGGCAGGCCGAACCAGCGGAGCGGCAACUCCUGCACCUGAAACAACAGGACCACCUGGCGAAAAGAAACCUGAUGAGACCAGUUCGGUUACGGAGGAUGACAACGAGAGUGAGGAUGAUAGCGAUAGUCGGGACUCAAAUUAUCGGUGUUCGCAUUGCUUUACAACCAAUUCGAAAGACUGGCAACCUGGGGGCAAAGAUAAACAAAUACUUUGUUGGGAUUGUCGAACUUAUUUGCGUAAAACCAAUGAGUUACCACCUCUUACUGCUCCUGCUGCUACUGCCAAUACACCUCCUGCAGAAGGUCCUGAUGAAAGUCCCCAACGAAUGCGGACCAGAAACAAGGGCAGUAGCAAAGAGCAGCCAGCUAAUAACAGCAGUAAUAGGUCUAGAGGAAAAAGAGAAACCCCAGAACCUAAAACACCAGUUAAAGGAAGUAAUGGUAGCAAUGAUAAAGGCACUCCAAGCAAUCAACAAGGAACACCUGCGAAGAAGAAGGGUAAAAAUGAGAAAUCUGAGACGCCAAAUAAGAACAGAAAGAGAACACAAGACAAGAUCGAUGAUACCGACGGAGACGAAAAAGACAACUCUAGUAUAUUUAAGAAAAAACGAGAACGUGCCGACAGUCCUGCCAGUAUAACAUCAGAUUCUGGUUCUACGAAUGAAGAUACUGAAAAUACAGAAACUAGUCAAGAUACCAACAACAGUGGUGAAGCUACAUCUUUACCAAGCGUUUCCAGUGUUGCCAGUUCAACUACUAUUGGUACUGUUGUCAGUACCAAUACAAAUAAUAAUGUAAUAGUGCAACAGGACCAAAAUAAUUCAAAACCGCUAGUCGAAGAACCUGAACAGAAAGUUGGUUCUUUAGUAACAACGACAGUUAUUACACCUUCAAUACCUGUGAUUAGUUCUAGUAAAAGUCAGUCAGGGAGCUCUGUGGAGCCUAUGCCUCUUAAUGUGUCAAUUCGAUUGCCUGAGGAUAUUAUCGAGAGGAAGAAUUUAAUUAAAAGAAACCUAGAAAAUUCUCUUGAUGCUAAAGACACCCUAAAAUUCAAUCCUGCAUCACUACCUUUUAGCCAACCACAACAACAGCAAGAAGAAAUUAAAAAAGAAGUCAACAUAAAACCAGAAAACUUACUAAUGAAAAAAGAUGAAGUCAAAGACGAAAUUAAGGAGCCUGUACAGGCCCAGACUCCUCCACAACCCUUACAACUUCUGGAACAGAAACCUGCAUCGUUCAAACCCGAACUGGCUUCAAAAAUGGAAAAACAAAUUAUCAAAGAAGAAUUAGACUCUAGUAAUGAUGCCUCGCUGCUAAGUAUAAGUUCCAAAGAAGACUCUAGCAGUCAACCAUCUCUAAGCAAUUACAAAGAAAAUCCUAUGUAUAUGCAUCCAAAUAUGAACUUGAAAGAGAGCAUCAGUUUCGGAAUGAAGGACCCUCCGCUAAGCAACCAUCUUCAGCCUAAUCAUGCUAUGAAUCUCAAAGAAAAUAAGGAACCUAUUAUCAAUAUGAAUCAUUCGAGUUAUUUGAAAGAUGGGAGGGCGCAGGAUCAGAAUCCUUUUGGUUUUCCAGGACGAGAACCACCAAGGGAAAAUCCUGGCAGUACAAAUACAGUAAUUAAAAUGGAACCCAGAGAAGAGCCCAUUGAGCUCACAAGCCAAACUAGAAGCGAACCUAUACCCUAUGGUACCAUGCCUCCUCUGAAUCUUCCCCAAGGAGUGCCCAUGUCUCAGCAUUUGCCUCAAACUCAGACUAGGAACAAUGAGGAUGAAAAAUCUCGGCAAGAUAAAUUGGAAAGACCAGAAAGAAUCGAUCGGCCAGAUUUGACUCCCAUGAGCUCUGGAACUACCAUUGGUCAACCUCCAUUGCCUAUGCAGUCUGGGAAUCUUGUAACUAUUGGGGGGUCUCAGCCUCCUCCUUCUAUAGGGCAUUAUGGGUUUAUGCCUCCUUAUGGUAGAUCUCAUUCACCUCCUAGGGGCUUGGAGAAGCCUCCUCAGCCUUCUCAUGUUCAACAACAACAGAAUGAACCCCAAAAUCUGAAAAUAAAACAAGAAGUUCAGGAACCACCUUCAAAUCCACCUCCAGUCAAUUUUGCUGGAGGUUAUGGCUCUAGUGGACCCUUACCUCCCACAUCACAGGGCUUACCUCCCACUUCUGCUGGAUUUGUACCUCCUCCGCCUUCACAUUUGGCAGAUCCAUUACAAAGCUUGAAGGACGUCAAGGUUCCUGGCUAUUUGCCACCACCGCAACCUCCUCGAACUCCAGAGAGAAGUUCUUCAGAUAGGCCGCCUUCUGGUCCAACACUGGAUAUCAUUAAAAAAGAACAACUUGACUUUGGCGGACCACCACCCAGCAGGGCUAGUCCUGCCCAGUCUGGAGGUAGUGAGAAAUGCUUGACUCCUAAAACCAGCAGUACACCUACACCACAGGUUAUUUCACAGACACCGCCACUACGUCAGCCGCCAUCAUCGCCACACUCUGCUAUUAAUCUGAUUAGUCCCGGAAGUAGCACUGGCAGUAUUGGAGGUGGCGCACCUUCACAUCCGCAGGUUUCAUUGCCAGCUCCACACCCUGCACAACCACACCCUUCUUAUCCUGGAUCUAUGCCUCCGCCGCAUUUGAUGCACCCUUCAUUUUUGCAUUUCCAUGGUCAUCCUGGCUACCCAGCGUACCCCUUCGGGGCUUAUCCAUAUCCUUACCCUAUACCUCAGCCUCACGCCAUUCCACCUCCGACUUCAAGAGAAAUGGCUGGACCACCAAAGAUAGAUACCGUAAGCGCUACAGUUAUGUCAUCACAACAUAGCACAAGUAGUACAUUGACGACGAAGAGGGAAACUAGGGAGUCAGAUGAGCAUGGAGGUGAAAGACACCAGAGCCAUGAAAUGACACUUACGCAUAACCAAAGUAUAUCGCACAAUAGUUCUAUUCAUGCCAGUGUCGAAAAACAACCAUACGGCGGCAGCCACAGCAGCAUCACAAUCUCUCACAGCACAAGCACCAGUUCUAGUCAUCAGAUGCAACACAAAGUCAAUCAGAAAACUUUGCCUCCUCGAUCGGUUUCGCCUGGAGCUCACGGUCAACAAACGACAAUACAGCAAAGCAGUUCGUCCACAACUACCAGUGGUAUGGGUAAUCAACAACACACCCAUCAUCAUACGCACACGCAUCACGACCGGAUGUCGCCGACCAUGUUGAGGUUGAAAGCGCCGCCGCAGGCUAAUCCUCAUCAUUUGAUGAUUCAGCCGCCGAAUAUGGGUCAUCAUCCAUCUGGAUUGGGCCCUCCCCCAAUGUCUGGUAGUUCUCUUGACGCUCUUCGUGCUCAUGCCGCUCAAGCAGCGGCUAAUAUGCAACAACAACAACAACAACAGCAACAACACCAGAGUUCAAUGCAUCCUCCAAGUACAUCUCCAAUGAAUCCUCCCCAAAAAGGCCUUUCAGACGAUGUGGUUAAGAUUGAGCCAGAUCACGAUGGUUCUCCAGAGGACGACAGCCAAAGUAGUCCUGUGGGACCACCAAGAGGCCCAUCACCCGAGCCCAGAAUUGAAGACACUGAAUGUCACAGAAGUCAAUCGGCUAUUUUCUUGAGACACUGGAAUCGGGGAGAUCAUAACUCUUGCACUCGAACUGACUUAACUUUCAAACCAGUCCCUGAUUCGAAACUUGCCAGAAAGCGAGAGGAGAGAAUAAGGAAACAAACGGAAAGGGAACGAGAAGAAAGGGAGCGAGCGCAACAGGCUCAAGCGAGAAAAAUUCAAACUCCCGAUAAACCUGACGUCAAACCCCCUUCCAGAGGACCUAUGGAAAGUAUAUCUGCUCCAUAUGAAAGGUUCCCGAGGCCCGGAUUUCAGGAUACGCCGGCUUUGAGGCAGUUGUCUGAGUAUGCUAGGCCACAUGCUGGGUUUAGUCCUGGGCAUAUGCCAAGAUCUUUGAUACCUCCGUCUGUGAUGGACCCUAUGCUGCAAUAUCAGUUAAAUAGCAUGUAUGGUCCUGGGGCAAGAGAAAGAUUGGAAUUGGAGCAUCUUGAAAGAGAGAAGAGAGAAAGAGAAAUUAGAGAGUUGAGGGAAAGGGAACUCAAUGAUCGGUUGAAAGAAGAAAUAAUGAAAUCGGGUAUGAGACCACCAAAUACAGUGGAUCCCCAUUGGUUAGAAAUCCAGCGACGAUAUGCCGCCGCUGGGUUGGCUGGACCUCCUGGCGGUCCUCCUGGGUUAUUACCGCAUCAUUUUGCACUAUAUCCAGGGGGCGGUAGUGCUGCCCAACUGUCUCAAAUGGAGAGAGAAAGGUUGGAGAGAUUAGGAAUCCCACAAUCGGGCGGGCCCGGUCCUGGAGGACCACCCGGCCACCCUCACCACCAAGCUCAUGCUGCUGCCCAAUUGGAGGCCGCUGAACGUUUAGCUUUGGCUACAGAUCCCAUGGUACGGCUACAGAUGGCGGGCAUAUCUCCAGAGUACCACGCCCAUACGCACGCCCACACGCACGCGCACACACACCUACAUUUGCAUCCUCAACAGCAACAAGCGCAACAGGAGGCCGCUGCUGCAGCGGCUGCAGCUGGAUUUCCUCUGCCAGCAUCUGGCGCGCCAGGGUACCCUAGACCGGGAAUGAUGCCAGGAAGAGACGCUCCGCUAGGUCUCCACCAUCCCGACUUGCUGGGCAGACCCUACGCUGACCAACUGGCUCACCAGGCGGCAGCCCAUGAACAGCUACAAAGGCAGAUGAUGCUAGAAAGGGACAGGUUUCCGCCUCACCCCUCGAUCGUGGCUCAACACGAGGAAUACCUAAGAUAUUAUUACCAUUUGGGCCAAAGCUAUACCAUAUUUCAGCGCCCAACAAGGGGCGCUGAGGACCUACUAUCUACAUAUAUCAACUAUACGAGACAAACUAGUAGAGAGCAAUCGUUAGCAGAAAAAAAAAAUGCAAAAAAGUAUAUUCCAGAAAAACAUAUUAAUUAUAUACAUACGAUAUAGAACUUUAAUUUUUUAAACUAUAUUUUGCAAAAAGAUAGAUAGUUAUAGAAAUGGGAGAGCAAGAGAGCGAGAGAGAGUGUAAAUGAAAGAGUGUACGUCGCUGUGGUUGUUAGAGGUUUAAUGGCAAUUAAUUUAUUAGUAUUUAUAAUAUUAUUUAAGUGCAUAAAAGUGAGUUUUGGUAUCUUAAUAAUUACAACUGUCAGUUCUAUUUUAUAUUUACUUCAAUUCGUAUCAGAUCUUUUACUUAGUGGGAGUGUGGGUAAUGACAAUUAGAGCAAAUUGAAAAUCCUCUGAAAUGUUUGCAUAGAUUUUUCAAGUUCAAAUUAUUGUUUUGUGCAAUAAAAAAUUUAUAUUUUAUUCUAGUCAACUUUUGCAAUCAUUUUUCACAUGUCUUUUCAGUAGAGUCCAGUGACGCUUUUGUUUGAUAAAUAAAUUGAUUAAUAUACAGGGUGACCGGAAAAUAGCGUAAAAGCUCUUCACUACGUGGUGGAGAACUUUUCAAAAAUCUGAUGGCAUUCUUGAGAAAAUGGACUGUAAAAUUAAAUUGUAUUAGAUACUCUUUUGACUCGUUUCAUUAUAAUGCAUCAUAGUUGUCGUUGUUAAGAUUACCCAAAUACUCAUUAAAAAGUGUUUUUCUAAAGAGCUUUAAUACUGUUCUGAAUGACAUUGGAACUUAUGUUGAAUAAUUAAUUCAAUUUUAAUAUUUAAACAUGUCAAAAGAUUAAUAUCUUAAGACAUUUAGGCGGGAGUCAAAAAGUUUCAAGUAAGUUGGACUAAUUAUUGAACGCAAUGGCAAAUAUUUUUAAAAUACUUAGAAUAUAUUCCAAAACUUUUCUAGAAAUGUACUAUACGAAUAAUCAUGUUCGUGUUGAGCUAAAUACUUUUUAUAGUUUUUUUGUUUCCUAAAUUAAUUAUUUGUUCAAAACAAGCUUUCCGGAGACGAUCAAGAUUUUAUUUUUAUUUAGUUUUUUAACUGACUACCUAUUUUUUAUUUAUUUAUUUUUGCAAUUUUGGUUUGUACACUUUUGUCGAUAUCUCAUGUGUCUGAAAAUCGAUGGUGUUAUUACUGUAAUGUAAUUUGUUUUUGAUAAAAAUUUUACUCUAAUUCUCUGUCAAUCAAAAUAGCGUCAUUAGCAGUUUUUACAGGUCAAUUCAAUAAAAAAUAUUCUUUGGUAUUACAUCAUCACUUUUUUUAAAAUUAUUACAAUGAGGCUUAACUACAGUGUUCAACAAAAAUCAUAGAUUUUAGUCUUCCCGCAGCCCAAGCUCAGAAUAAAUCGCCUCUUUUUUUAUUUAUUGUAAAUUUAUUUAUUUAAUUAAGCCGAUUCUUAUAAAACUUACAAACUAGUCAUGAUUGCUGUGACUUGUUUGUUAUUUUUGUGAGAUUAGGCCAUUCUUGUUGGAACAACUCGGUAUAUAAUUUUGUAAAAAUUUCGCUUUCUGUACAGAUCUGUAUACUUUGAAAAACUUUAUUGCAUAUUAUUAUUGUCCAGAAAAUUUUUAUUGUGCAAAAUUAAAUCAAAAUAUGUAAUAUUUAUGUAUUUAGUUGUGAUUAUAUUAGUUAUUUUGAAUUUCUGUAGUGUUUGUUUUGUAUAUUAAUUGUUUUCUGGACUGGAAUAAUAUUCUGUAGGUAAAAAUUAAUAUUCUUAAGAGAGUUUUAAACAAAAUAAUUAGUGCGUGAUUUUUCUGUUGUUUUUAUUUGGUACUAGUACUUAUAAUUAUUGUGUAUUUUUAUGUAUAUUUUUGUUUAUACUUUUUAUUCUCGUAAAGCUAUGUCAAUAUAAUGUUUUUACCAAAGACACUUGUAUUGUUUUUUUUGGUCUCACAGAAAGAACAUGGAAGGUUAUUGACUCGCACCACUUCAAAGAAGCAAUCUAGCCUCAAGUUCCUGUAUGUACAAGGUAUCCAUGUAUGUACAAAACGAGGUUCAUUUCAGUAUUACAACCUGCAA